AUGGCCAAAGAGGAGCCGCACGAGCCGGCAGCGCCGAUCGAAAAUCAGAAGCGCCCGGACAUCUCCCCUCGAUCUUUCCAGUCGCGAUUAGCAGAGUGGAGCGAGCAAUGUCUUAGAUUUCAAUCCUCUGGCGAGACGUGGGUACCCACGAAGCCCUGCUGUCCGGCGAGCCCCUUUCUGGGGUUAGAAGCUUGUCUCUGGCAAGGCUGCAAGAAGCACGAGCCGACGGCAUGUGUACAACUCCUGAGCAUGGAGGAGUUGCUUGAGUUGUAUGACUUCUUCCGCGAGAAUCCCUCUUUUGAAGACCAACCGGAGGCCGCUUCUGGAUCUGAGCCACAGCUCGACGUGCGCCCCUGGAUGCGAGACCUCCCCGCUCCAGUUUGGGCCGAAGGCUUUCGACUCGAGAAAGGCAUGCUGAAGCUCUCGGCAACCUCAUGCGCAGUGGUCGAACCACGACCGGGCGGCCAGGCUCCAAAAAGGCAAAGGGCUGGGCGCUGGCACGUGCAGCCCAGGGACACAGCCAGCAAGAAGAGAGGCGAGGAAGCCGAGGCCCAGAAGCUCAAGCGGAAGCCGGUCACUCCCAGAGCCAAAGCCCAGGAGCUGGCCAAGGAGUCGAAGCGGAAGAAAGCUCCCCUCUCCGCCGUGAGAGGCGUUGAUUUCAUCCGCAGAGACAGUAUCUGGCGUGUGUACAUGUACAACCCCUCCACCCAGAAACAGGUUUAUGGGGGCUCUUUCAAGGUCCAGCGGGAAGCCGAGGCCAAGGCCCGAAAACUGGCCAAAGAGCUGGGGCUGCGAACCACGCGGAAGCUCGGGGGGAUCCUCUGCAGCAUCCUCUGGCACCGCGGAGGCUGGAGAGUCCGGUUCAGGAUAUCCGGAAGUAAAAAGCAAAUAGAGAAGACUUUCAAACCCGCUGAUUUAUCAACCGAUGAGGUGGAGAAGGCCCGGAAGAAGGCAGUGGCCUGGCGCAGGCAGCAAGAGAAGCAGCAGCUUAAGCAAGCCAGCAAGCGCUGA